AUGUUACCUCUGUGCAAACCUCCGCACUCCAACCUCGGCUACAUCUUAUCGACUCUAGACAGUAAAUUCUUAACACUCAAACAACUUCAACAAAUCCACAGUCUAAUCCUCACAAAUGGUCAUCUCGCUUCAACACCCCUUAUCACCACGUUCUUAUACUCUUGCUACCAUUCUCGUAACCCCAGUUACGCGUUACAGUUCGUAUAUAACUUACCGUCGUCGUUUUCAAAACCUUCCCUCUGGGGAUCCAUGAUUAAAACGUCUUUAGAAUCUAAUAACCUGCGGGAUUUCUUCACUUGUUAUGAUGUGAUGAUGCGGUGUCGUAAUUAUGAUGCAAACAUCCCCAGCGUUGGGAUGUUUGCUUCGAUUUUUCAAUAUGGUGCGAAAGUGGGUGAUGCCCAAUUGGGGAGAUUGUUUCACUGUGUUGUAGUGAAAUGGGGUUUUGAUUCUGAUCUGGUUUUGCAAACCGGGUUGCUUGAUUUCUAUGCAAAAAUUGGAGAUUUGAGGUCUGCCAAGAAGGUGUUCGAAGAAAUGUCACAGAGAGAUGUGGUUGCCUGUAACGUCAUGAUUUCAGUACUUGGGAAGCAUGGACUUAUUGAGGAUGCACGGGUUUUGUUUGAUAGUAUGCUGGAAAAGGAUUCCUAUAGUUGGAAUUCAAUGGUAUCUUGCUAUUUCAAGAUAGGUGAUAUCGACUCUGCACGGCUUCUCUUCGAUAAAAACCCUGUAAAAAAUACGAUCUCUUGGAAUGUGUUGAUCGAUGGGUAUAGCAAAUGUGGUUAUUUGAAUAAUGCUGAUAACUUUGAAGACUUUGUAACACUUUACAACAGAAUGCGAUUUAGUGAUGUGCGUCCCAGUCAAACCAUACUUUCUUUGAUUCUCCAUUGUUGUGCCAGUUUCUGUGCCUCACAACUAGGGAAAACAGUUCAUGGCGAGAUAUUAAAGUGGAAUUUCAACCACGAUGUCGUUUUGCAAACAGGGUUGCUUGACUUUUACUCAAAGAUCGGGGAUUUAAGUUCUGCAAAGAAGGUGUUCGAUGAAAUGUCCCAUAGAGACAUUGUAGCCAAUAACGCUAUGAUUUCAGCACUUAGUAAGCAUGGAUUUGUCAAAGACGCACAGAAACUGUUCAACAGUAUGGACGAGAAGAAUUCAGUCACUUGGAACUCCAUGAUCACCUGCUAUUCCAAGAUAGGUGACAUUGAAUCAGCUCGCUUCACUUUCGAUUCCAAUCCCGUUAAAGACAUAGUCUCCUGGAAUGCAAUGAUAGAUGGUUACUGCAAAUCCGGUCAUCUUAAUCAUGCUGAAGAACUUUUCCACAAAACUGAAGUGAAAAACCCCGUGACAUGGAACACCAUGAUUGCAGGAUUUGUUCAGGAUAAGGAGUUUCUAAAAGCAUUGCGUUUCUUUGACCACAUGCAAGACGAGAGGGUGAGGCCAACGGAGGUAACCAUGGUUAGUUUGUUAACCGCUUGUGCUCAUCUUGGAGCAUUGGAUAUGGGUGAAUGGAUCCAUGGUUACAUCAAGAAAAACAAACUAAAAAUCGAUGCUAUUUUAGGAAAUGCUCUUAUCGACAUGUAUUCCAAGUGUGGAAGUAUAUCAGAUGCUGUAGAUGUCUUUCACAAACUUCAAUCCAAGAACAUUUACUGCUGGAAUUCGAUCAUUGUAGGAUUAGCAAUGCAUGGUUAUGGUAAUGAAGCGAUUGAGUAUUUUCUUUCCAUGAAGAAAGAAGGUGUAAAACCUGAUGGGGUUACUUUUAUUGGUCUUUUAUGUGGUUGUAGCCACUCUGGAUUAAUCUCUGAAGGUAAAAUGUAUUUUUCAAAAAUGGAAACCGAUUACGGAAUAGAACCGGGAAUUGAACACUUCGGAUGUAUGGUUGACCUUUUGGGUCGAUCCGGUUUACUUUUGAAAGCAUUGGAACUUAUUACCAAAAUGCCAUUGAAGCCAAACGCGGUGGUGUGGGGGAGUUUGCUUCGAUCGUGUCAUAUUCAUAAAGAUACCGAACUCGGGGAACACGUGACUCAACGGUUGUUGGAAUUAGACCCGUAUGACAGCGGGAAUUACGUAUUCCUUUCCAAUCUAUACGCGUCAUUGAGUCGAUGGAAAGAUGUGGACAGGUGUCGGAAGUUGAUGAUGGAAAACGGGGUUCAGAAGGUACCUGGUUGGAGUUCGAUUGAGGUGGAGAAUGUAGUGUAUGAAUUUGUGGCGGGAGAUAGUUUGCAUCCGGAAUUUGAAGAGAUAAAUGGGGUUUUGGUUGAAAUUGGGAAGAGAUUGAAAGAAGGGGGUUAUGAGGCGGAUACGGGUGGUGUGUUGCAUGAUAUAGAUGAGGAAGAGAAAGAGAUGUCGGUUGGGUAUCAUAGUGAGAGGAUUGCGGUUGCUUUUGGGCUCUUGAGGAUUCCUUUUGGGAAGGUGAUACGAGUGGUGAAGAAUUUGAGGACAUGUGAUGAUUGUCAUAAUGCUAUGAAGAUUAUAUCAAAAGUAUAUGAGAGGGAGAUAGUUAUGAGGGAUCGGAAUCGGUUUCAUCAUUUUAAGAAUGGGGUUUGUUCAUGCAAGGAUUAUUGGUGA